AUGGCCGUAAUCUCCGGGGGAAGCGCAACGAUCCGAUUCGGUGUGGCCGACAGCCCGACCUGGGAAGCCGGUAAGCUGGCACCCGGGGAGAGGGAUGAUGAUGCCGAGGGGGGUGGGGUGGAGAUUGAAGCAAGGCUUGGUGAUGUUUUUGUUGUGCCGGCGGGGGUGUCUCAUAAGACUUUUGCGCCGCGGCCUGAGACUAAAGAGUUGGAGUUCUCGCAGCCGCCGCGGGAGGUUAAGGAGGGUGGGAGGGAAAAGGAGGAGGAGAGACGGAGGUUUUUUGAGGGGGUAGAGGUCAAGGGCGAGUUUAUGAUGAUGGGAGCGUACCCGGAGGGGAAUGUGUGGGAUUUCAAGGUUGGGGGCGAACAUAAGGGACGGGAGGAGGUGGUUUGGAAUGUGCCUGUGCCUGGGAAAGAUCCGGUGUUGGGGGAGAGUUUGGAGGGGUUGGUUGGGCUUUGGGGGGGUAAGGGGAGGGGAUCGUGA